AUGUGGCUGUGUACUCUCCUUCCUGUUCUCUGUGGCUGUCUCUCUGGGUCUACCUUUUCUGCACCAAGAUCCUGGCUGUUGCCAAGGCAGAGGCCUCACUUUGACCGUCCUGGAGAUGUAAUAGUGGGGGGCAGCUUCUCCAUCUUUUACCUCUCUAUUGGUAACCUGUCUGACUUCACUGCCCCACCGUCUGAACUUGUGGCUUCAGGCGUUUCCAACUGGGGCUACCGGGUGGCCCAGAGUUUCGUCUUUGCCAUCGAGGAGAUUAAUAGGAGUGCUCACUUGUUGCCCAAUGUGACCCUGGGCUUCUCUAUUCGAAACUCUGGGGACACAGUGCAUGGAGCCCUCCAUGAGACAAUGAGCUUUCUCACGAGGCAGCAGGAGCCCAUCCCCAACUACACAUGCCAGCAUGGCUCUCCUCAGGCUGCCUUGGUUGGGGACACGCGGUCAUCCCUGUCUGUCUCCAUGGCCAGACUUCUGGGGCUGUACAAGUUUCCCCAGGUCAGUUAUGGAUCCUCACUACCCAUCCUCAGUGACAAGAUCCAGUUCCCAUCUUUCAUGCGGACCCUGAGUAGUGACCUCACAUCCUGUCGUGCAGUUCCUCAGCUGAUAAUUCACUUUCAGUGGUCCUGGGUGAUCAUUCUGGCCCAUGAUGAUGACUUUGGGCAGCAGGCCAGCUCUCUGGCCACUCAGGAACUGAGCACAGCUGGUGUGUGCAUUGAGUACACCCUCCAUGUUCCUUCCCAUGAGUCCUUGGGGAAGAUUGAAGAGAUUGUCCAGAUGAUGCAAAAAUCCACAGCCAGGGUUGUUCUGGUUUUCCUAAGCAAUUCUAAUUUCCAGCCCAUCCUGUAUGGCUUACUGGACAUUGCUGUCUCAGGCCAGGUCUGGGUCAGCAAGGACACUCUGCACAUGGGGCUCGCCCUGAACAUUCCAGGCAUUUCCCGAGUAUUGCACAGCACCUUUGGCCUUCUGCAUCACAGCAGCAGGGCAAUUGGCUUCCCUGAGUUCCUUGCUCACCUGCGGCCCAGCCAGACCCCAGAAGACAUGUUUAUAAAGAAGUUUUGGGAGUUCACCUUUGAUUGUACAUGGCCCCACCAGAGCAGCACAAUGACAGAGGGUGUCCAUUUGUGCUCAGGGAAUGAGAGUCUGAAAAACCAGCAGUAUGCUCUCCCAGAAGUGAGUAAAAUUGAUGUUGCUUACACAGCUGUCUACAGUAUUGCUCAUGCCCUACAAGACAUGAUAACCCAUGGGCACCAGCAUGGGAAAGUUACAGAUUCUCAGGACUUCCAGCCCUGGCAGCUGCUUCCUGCCCUUAGGAAGGUGCACUUCAAGACUCCUGAUGGAAUCAAGAUUAUGUUUGAUGCCAAUGGAGAUUUGGUGACAAAAUUUGACAUUUUCCAAUGGCAGAAGACCCCUGAGGGUGUAUUUCACUCGGUCCAUGUGGGCAUGAUAGACCCUCAGAUCUCUUCAGGGAACAAAAUGAUGGUCCAUUUGAAGGAGGAUCUUCAAGUGCCCAGCUCUGUCUGCAGUGAAAGCUGCCUUCCAGGGUUCAGCCAAGUGCCCAGGCUGGGAGUCCCCCACUGCUGUUUUGAUUGCAGUCCCUGCCCUGAGGGACAGUUUGCAGACCAAAGAGACAUGAAGAGCUGUCUUCUGUGCCCCAAGGAGCAUCACCAUCCCUGA